AACGAAAAUAAGAAGAGGAGAAGAUAAAACGUGAAAUAGGUAAUGAACAGUAGAAAGGGAAUGAAAAUAUGAAUAACAAAUGAGGGAUGAACGAAAAUAAGAAAAGGAAAAUGAGAUAAAACAUGGAAUCAGUAAUAGGCUAAUUUGGGAAAAGAUGAAAAUAGACAUAAAAUAAAUAGCCUAAUAAGGGUCAGUCGAGAGAAAACAAUAAGCAAAUAAGGAGAGGAAAAUAAUAUAAAACAUGGAAUCAGUAAUAGGCUAAGGUGUGUAAGGAAAACAGAAAUAAAAUAAAUAGCCUAUUAUAAGUGUCAGUUAAAUGAGAGAAAACAAUAAGAAAAUAAGAAGAGGAAAAUAAGAUAAAACAUGGAAUCAGUUCCUGAAAGGAUGAAGGACUUCCUUGAACCUCUUCUUCACACGUGUUUGUAGACGGGCCGGAUCUUGGCCAGAGGAUCCUUGGGGCGGAGAGUUGCUGGAGAAGUGAAGCAUCUUGGCAAUUAUUUUGUAGCGGGCCUCCGGCAUGAACUUGAAGAGGAAGGGCGCCUGGAUGCCAGGGAGUGAGGACCGAAGUCACUCUUGUCCCCAUUACUGAUGUGCGGCAUGGCCAUGCAGAGGACAGGAACAAGUAAAGGUCAUUCAAGGUAACAUCCUGCCACCCAUUCACAUACAACAAAUUUUGUUUUUUUGUAAUAAAGUGAUACUGCUUAUUGGUCUCCCGGCUGAUCAGAUCCAUUAAAGGUGUGUCAAAGGAAUGCACAAAACAGUCGAGUUCUGAGCUCUCUUCAGUGAUCUUCACCUUACUUGAAACACCACUGCCAGAGGCAUCAAAUGGAAAAAGUGUAGUGCGGCGACGGCCUGAUGAACGAGCCUCCCAUAACCCACUUAGCCAGUGGGGUACCUCUUUGGCCGACUCGGUAAGGAGUGGCUCUCCCGUCACGUUGGUCGCGGGUUCAAUCCCAGGCAGCCGGGGAAUACCCUCUCCUUGUUGUGAUUAAUUUCUAGUGUGUUUCGAUACACGCAGAGGACGUGUGGGACCGAGAGAGUAAUAGAAAAAAGAGAAUAGAAAAUCUCGUCAUUAAAAAAGAUCAGGAACAAAGUCUCCCGUCACCCAGUUCCACGUUACAUAUACUAUAUACAAAAAUGGGCGCCACAUGAAGAAAAUUUGAUGUAGACAAAAACCUGGAAAUUGCUAAAAAAAAUUACUUAGGCAAUUAUUAUAUGAGGGUGACGAUUUAUUGUUGAAAAUAGGGAAUAAUAUUAACCUUGCGCUCCAAGGGGAAGGGUGCAGAGGCGGCCAGCUCCCACAGACACCCUCCUGGCCCUGCCGCUCCUUGCCCUGGCUCAGUGUGGCUGUUCCUGGCUCCUCGGUGGCUUUAACAUUAAUAACACCUCGUUCUCCGCCACUGUCACGCUAACAGAGACUCAGGUAUGUAUGUUUUAGGUAGCCAGGCGCCAAAGACACCCGCGCCUUGAGCUUGAACUUGAGCGUGACGGGAAAGCGUGUCUUGUGUGGCUCUGCAUUCGGCUUCACUUGCUACUUUGUGCCGUUUUGGUUUGAUUAUUAAUGCUCUAGUGCUCUGUGAUAGGCUGCUAAUUGUGCUGGAUUGCUAUAUACUUCUUAUAUUUGUAUUUCGUUGGGGCUAACUAUUUUUUCAAUCACGUGUUUCUUCUUUCUUUUCCUACCGGUAGUUUUAGUCUUUUAUAAGUUGUUGAUCUACCAAAUGUCAAUGCGAUGCUAAAUUUGCUCUCCAUCACAAAGGAGGAAGUGUCAUUUCAGUUGAUGGGCAAACCUGCGUAACGGCCCUUCUGUCACUAAUAUUUUUCACUGUGGGUUCUGUUCCUGUAUCUUAAUUUAUCCUUUACUCCAAAUUUCAUACAGCAUUUCUUUUUAAUCCCUAAUGUUUGCUUUGCUGUGAAUCCCGUUGAGACGCCGCACAGGACACGAAAUAAACACACAACAACAAACGCCACACAAACGUUGGCAGGCACGUGAGCGGCUCAGGGGAAACGUUAGUGUGUCUGUCAGUGAGUGUCCCCGGGCAGGAUGAACGGGCAGAAGUUUUCCCUGUCGUUCAGCAAGCGCAUAGAGAGGAAGGCCCUGCAGCCCUCGGCCCUGCGCGGCGAGGGGCCCGUGCAGCAGGCGGCCCAGGCACAGGCGCUGACGGCCGUGGACAAGGACUCCCUCAAAGCGAACGAACAUGUGGAGGAGAAGGAUCAGCUGGUCAUUCCCUUGCUGCAGGCCAAGAGGUCAGCUGUGUUGAGUCGGCUGGCCAAGCUGCACCAGGAGGAUGGGGGAGCAGAGGAGGGGAAGGAGGAGGCCAGUCAGGCGGUGGAGGAGGACAGCAAACCCCUGACCCUGGAGGAGAAGGCCGAACGUGCCCUGAUAGAAGAGACCAAGAAGAAAUUGGAUCAGUGGUCUUCCCGGGACGGUAAGAAGGACAUCACCAUCCCUGCUGCCACCACGGAUGACACUCUCGCGGCGCCCCUGGUGGACAUUGGCAAGGAGUCCUCACUUGAUGACUACGACGAGAUUGCGGUGGAGUCCUACGGGGCAGCCAUCCUGAGGGGCAUGGGCUGGAAGAAGUCUGAAGGCAUUGGCGGCAGGAAGAAAAUGGUCGUGGACAUCAUCAACCCGGCCGCCAGAACCUUGGGGUCCAGCGAGGGGAAGGAGACCGCUGCCAAGAAGGAAGGGGAGGGGGAAGGGGAAGAGGAAGAGGAGCUACCCAUCGUGAAGGGGUCGUUUGUGUACAUCCACAGUGGGCGCCACCGAGGGACCUAUGGAGUGGUGGAGGUCGUUGACGAGGACCACGUGCUGAUCAAGGCGGCGAUGGGGCAGGGGAUGCUGAGGGAGGUGGAGGCCAACUUGCGGGCAGCGACGCAGAAGGAGUACAAGGAGUCGGCUCGUGUCAUCAACAAGGAGAUGUAUGACCAGUAUAAGGAAGCUGAAAUAAAGAAGAAGGAGGCAGACAGGAAAGCGCGUGACAAUGAGGAAGAAGUAGAAGACAGAGAGAGAGGAAAGGAGAAGAACAGAGAGAGUGAGAAGCAAAAUGAGAGACUGAGAGAAGGGAAAGAGGAGAAACACAGAGAAAAGAACGAGGAGAGGCAGAGGGAGGGAAACAGUGAAAGACAGAGAGAAAGAGAGGGUGACAAACACAGAGGCAGAGACGGAGAGAAACAAAGAGAACAGGAAAGUGAAAGACAUAGGGAUAAAGGGGAGGAGAGACAGAGAGAGAGAGAUGGUGAGAGGCCGAGAGAUAAGGGUGAGGAGAGACAGAGAAACAGGGAUGAAGCCAGGGAAAGAAAACAGAAAGAAAAGGAUGUAGAGAAACACAGACACAAGGAAAGCAAACAGGAACUUGAAGAAAACGCCAGACAUGAGAAAAGGGAUAGAGAAAGGGAUCGCCGGGAGAAGGAAAGCAGCGUGAAGGACCAGUACGCAAGACACCACCACGGCUCAGACGCUCCGGGGGUCAAGAGGAAGAAGGAAGAGUCCGCGGAAGUACAGAGCAAGGCGAAAUAUAAACAGCAGAAAGUGAUCGCCCCGCCUUGGGUACGGGAAAACUUGCGAGUUCGUCUCAUCAACAAGAAUUACAAAGGAGGGAAAUACCACAAAGAGAAGGUGGUGGUGGUGAACGUGGUGACCGCUGAGUGCUGUGAGUGCAAGGCAGAGGGCGGGCGUCUCCUAGGGAACGUUGACCCGGGCUGGCUGGAGACCGUCAUCCCUAAACAGUCGCCGAUGGUGGUCAUGGUGGUAAAGGGACCGUAUAAUGGGCAGAAGGGACGCAUCCUACAGCUACACAAGGACCAGGAGAAGGCAUCCAUACAGCUCCUGGAGGAUGAGACCACAAUCGUUAAGCUUCACUAUGAUGACAUUUGCGAAUAUGUCCUCAGGUAAUGAUGGCCUGCUGAUUAACCUGCUGACUAACUAGCUAACACCUGCUGACCACGGAUGGGAGUGACCUCAAGUAAGUGUGACCUGAGGGUGGUGCUGAUGACCUAAGUGUGUGCCGUGGUGUGGUAAUUAAGGAACGUAGUUUUAAUUAGGGAUGCUGUGUCCUAAGCCUGUGUUUUUAAAUGUAUUGGUGGGUCAGUUCAAAUGUUUCUCUCUUUCUUCUCUUUCUUGUUCUAUCUCCUCUUCCUUCCCUCUUUUAUCUUCUUCCUCUGCUUACCUCUUCCUCCUUCUUCCUCUUCCUCUUCCUAAUCCUAUCUCUUUUUCCUUCCUUCUUUUUUCUCCUUUCUCCACUUCCUCUUUCCUCCUCCUCUUCCCUGUCUCCUACCUCUUCUAUCUUCCUUCUCUUAUCGUCUUCCUCCUUGCUCCUCUUCCUCUUUCUUCCUUCUUUUAUCUUUUUCCUCCAUUCUCCUCUUCUUCUGCUUACCUCUACCUCUUCAUACCUCUUCCUCCUCCUCCUCAUCUGCUUCUCUCCUCAUCUUCCUCCUCUCAUAGAAGUCACUGGGGUUUCCAUGGACUGUUUUGUGAUCCCAGUGAUAGAUUUACAUGGCUCCUGCAUCUUGAAAGGGGAAAACACCCAUGAAAAAACCCAGCUAACCUUCUCUGUGGCCUUGGGAAAUGGACGUACUAGGAGCCUGAUACAGUUAACCCGGUAGCAACGACAGGCCAAAUUUGUGGCUUUACCAUUUACCAGCGACGGGCCAAAUUUGUGCCAUGAUAUAACCCCCCCCAAAAAAAAUAGAUGAUGCACAAACAAAUCACAUAUGCGUUGAUAUAUAGGUUAUGAAAUGGUUUGUGUGAGUGAUGAUUUUUUUUCUCAUUUUUCUCGCUUUGAGGGGCCUUUAAGAAACAUGAUCCCCGCAGCUACCGGGUUAAGAAUAUGACCUCAAUUUAGAGUCAUGUUUGUUACUUGUUUUCACCUCUUAGUUUUUUGUAAUUAAGAUAGAGAUGUAUAUUUUUCUGCUACCACAUGUUAUUUUUACUCUUUAGGAUGUAUAUGUCAGUAUCUGGUAACAAUGAACUGCCACUCGGAGUCUUCUUAACUUAGUGAUUUUGAUAUAUAUUGUGUAACGAGCCCAAUGUGGUGUUUUGAGGAGUAUGUAUAUAAAGAAGAUAUUUU